GGAGGACAGACAGUAGACGUUUAACACGUCUGGUGAGGAGAGUAGACCACGGGCAGCUCGGAGAGAAACACAGACCGACUCAGUUUCCACAGAAGGCCCUUCAUCAUCUCAACAUCAUUAUCAAAACACCAUUCCUACUAUUUUCGUGGUUGCAAAUGCGAACAGGGGCUGGUGGUCCAGUUGCCGUGAGACACUCAUACAGAUAAAAGGGCAUGGCUGCCACUCUGUCACAGAGCGCUGACUCAGCAAAAGCUUGGCAGGAAUUUAUAGGCCAGAGUGAUACAGAAUUAUCACCUUGCAGUGCCCGGCGCGUGUUCCUUCCAAGAUUGCCUUCCUUUAUGGGAUUGCUAAAUGCAGGUGCCGGGCCAGAACUUUGGAGGUGGAGGAGCGCGCACUUACCUUCUCUGCUGCGGAGUGCGGUUAUUCCUGGAGGCGAGGUCCUGUCUGCCGGUCCCGGAGCUCUGAGUUCCUUAGCUAUUACUUUCGUAAGGUACUUUCAAAGACACUCCCUCGGGUGGCAGUGGCUGUUGGUCCCAUGUUUCUUCUCUGUCACAGAAAUGGAAGGUGGCCCAUCUCUAUUCAUCACAACUACUGCAAGCUAUCAAUGCUAUUUUUGUGCCCAUUCUAGAGAGAAAAUGGCUGGGUGCUAUCCACCAGAUACUGGGGAGGUGCUGAGGGUAGAGUGGAGAACAGAAGAGAGGUUGCAAAUUCAGAUCCGUUCCUGGGCCAGUCAGCGGAUGCAAGCGGGUGGACUAGGCAGGUGCAGGAGCGCAGAGACUGGAGAGGACUUUGACAAGCCUCCCAACCUGCGGAGCCAAGCUGGAGUCCGCAGAGAUGGCCGAAGCCGGCCAGGGGUCCUGCUAGAACGUGGUCCCACCUUUGACAGGUUUCCUGAAGCGAACUAG